AUGUCGAGCUACAAAAAUGUAAUUCCGAAGCGGAGCUACCAGGAAAGAGGGCAAGCCAAAGAAAGGCUACACCUGGGGGAGCUGGAAAAAAAAGUGGACUAUGGAAAAAGGAGAGAAAUAUAUAAAAAAAAAAAAAAAAUAGAAAAUGUAUUGAAGGAAAAAAUUAUGAAUAGGAACCCGGAUGAGUUCCACACAGGUAUGGUUCACUCAAGAAUAACAGAUGAAACGCAUGAAUUAAAAAAAGAGGAGAAGGUACAGAAGACAGACGUGGUAUUAAAAAACAAGAGGGGUGAUUUCAAGGAGCAAACAAAUGCAUUAUACAGAAAAUUAAAAAAAAUAAAUAAAGUGUUAGAAAAUUAUAACAUAAAUGUCCCCCUGAGAUAUCUUUUUAACAACUCUCACGAACUUUAUAACGAAAAGGAAGACACUACCACUACCUAUGUGCUCAAGGCGGAAAAGAAAAAACUCAAAAGCAGAGCUGUCGUUCUUCAGCGAAGGUACAGUGCUUUGCUUAACUUAAAAAAGAAUGUCUUGUCCCAAAUACGCAAAAUCGAUAACAUGUAUGCAAAUACGUACAAACAUGUGGAUGGGUAUUGUGUCCUUAAGGGUGUUGGCGGUGCUCCCCAUCGGUUCUGUGCGCCGCGCUUGAGAUAG